AUGGUAUAUACAGUAACCGUUAAGGAGAUCUGCGAGGUAGUGAACACCAGUUUCCAUGUUGUGUCCACAACCGAGCCUGAGCAGCUCUCCAUGUUACACGAUCAGAUGACCGUAAACGAGAGACUGUCCAAUAUUGAGGUGAUAGCAGAAGAAGUCAAGCAAGAACUAGCAUCACUAGAUGAUACUAAAGCUGUUGGGUCAGACAACGUAUCACCGUCGAUAUUAAAAGAGGCAGCGCAGGCCCUCAGCGUAUCUCUAGCGAAGAUCUUUAAGCUUACAAAGGAACAGUUGCCUAGCUGCUGUAACAAGGUUAAUAUGGUAAAAAUUUUCAAGAAAGGAGAUAUAAAAGAGGCACUGAACUGCAGACCAGUAUCACUAACAGGCAACCCCUCCAAAGAAAUUUAA